CUUGCAUUUCUUUUUCUUUACUUUUCUCUUCUCUCUUCACAAACAUCAUAACUCUCUCUCUUUUUUUUUUACAAGCAAAACAAGAAAAAAAUGGUUCUGUCAAAGCUCUUUGAUAUCAAGCACCAGUUGUUGCAGUAUGCAUCUCAUCACAACAACCCAUUGAAUGUCGGCAUCCAUCUCACUUGCAUUCCUCUCCUUCUGUGGACAGGCCUAGUCUUUGGCGCAAAAUCUGGACCACUCCUUCCUGCACCUUCAGCUGCUGCUGUUGCCUCGGGUGCACCAGUUGCUGUCGCACUCUCAAAGAUUUAUCAAUUCUGUCCACCUAAUGUCUCGUUCCUUAUAAUGGUCGCCUAUAACUUGUAUUAUAUCUGUUUGGAUAAGGUUUCCACUCUUAUCACGAUCCCAUUGUUCCUCGGACUCGCUCGUCAUGCUACAUAUUUCCGAAUGACUAACCCCAAUGCUGACAGGAUUGCUCUUACAAUCCAUAUUUUGGCUUGGAUUGCUCAAUUCAUUGGCCACGGUGUCUUUGAAAAGCGUGCUCCCAAACUCCUGGAUAAUUUGGUACAAGCUUUUGUGUUGGCUCCUUACUUUGUAGUGUAUGAGGUGCUUUUCUUCUUGGGAUACCGUCCUCAGCUCAAGAAAGAGUUGGAUGUCAUGGUCAAGGCUGACAUUGCGAAAUUCAGAGCCAGGAAAGCUCUUGCAAAGGAGAAGAAGUAACAUUAAAAUCUUCGGAAGUCAUGAGUACAACGGCGCGGCCAUUUAUUCGACACAAGACAACAUCUGUUCAGUAAACAACUGUAGCUUGUGAUCAGAUGAAGAGCAACAAAACAUUCGGAAUACGACCUGCCAUUGCUGUACUAACUUGUUAGCCUAUUACGAAUAGCUAUUAAAGGGUC